ACAAUAAGUGCCCUUAGAAGGAGAGCCUGUCACACUUUUAACUGAAGAGCUUCUUUAUUUCUUUUCGAUUCCAAUGGCGGCAAAUCUGUAGUUCCUUUAAUGUGAAAUGAUUCAAACCUCCUCUCCUGCCCAGAAGGUCAGCAUGCGGGAUCAGAGGUUCUCGGUUAUGCGGGAUCAUCUCCGCGAGUUGGCCUAGUUCCUGCAACCCACACGCGGACGCAGAAGGUGCUGGUCUUCCCGGUGGAGAAGUGGCCGCCUGGAGGGCAGCGGCAGGCGGCGGAAGGAAGGUGCGCGGCGCGGCGCGGUGGCGGCCGGCGGCGGCGGGGGCAUGGACAUGUUGCGCCGCUCGUCUGUGUUCGCGGCCGAAGUGUUUGACCGCUCGCCCACCGACAAGGAGCUGGUGUCCCAGGCCAAGGCGCUGUGCCGGGACUACAUUCACUCCAGGCUCAACCGCGCCGGGAUGGGCUGGUCGAAGCCCGAGUCCGGGCGCGCCGCACCGGGCGGCGGGCUGGGAGACGUCUCCUCGGCCCUGCUGUGGCUGGGUGAUGAGUUGGAGUACCUUCGACCCAACGUGUACCGCAACGUUGCGCGGCAGCUAAACAUCACGGUGGCGUCGGAGAGCAUUGUGUCCGAUGCCUUCCUGGCUGUGGCUGCAGACAUUUUCUCCACAGGUGUGACAUGGGGGAAGGUGGUGUCUCUGUACGCCGUGGCGGGAGCCCUGGCUGUGGACUGCGUUCGCCACGGCCACCCAGCUAUUGUCCAUACCAUUGUCGACUGCAUGGGGGAGUUUGUCCGCAAGAGCCUGACCACCUGGCUGAAAAGGAGAGGGGGCUGGGUGGAUGUUACGAAAUGCGUGGUGAACACAGACCCCAGCUUCCGCUCUCACUGGCUGGUGUCGGCCGUCUGUGCCUUCGGACACUAUCUGAAGGCCACUGUGUUGUACCUCCUCAGAGACACGUGAACUACAAAGUCUCUCUCUCCCACACACACACACGCUCUGCACCCUGCACAAAAGAUUUUACUGCUUCGGAUUGUGUUUACACUCGUUUGCACUGAGCCUUCUUCCACAAAUGACCAUACCUGCACAGAAAAAAAGGCUUUCCGCGCCUCCUCUGCUUCCAAUGCGAGAUUGUCUAUUCAUUGUCAGUGGUAAGGUUAUGGCACACUUUUGACACAAAGGCAUAAAAUCAUUCACUCUUGAGGUUUUUUAGCGUCUAAUUUGUUCCACAAUCAGCAGAACUGCUCAUUCGUUGUGCUCCUUGUUUGUCAGAGGCUUGGCUGUCCCUAGUGGUUAAAAAUGGUAACUGCUGUAAGGGCUUCUACUGGAAUCUCCGCUUCUCUUGGGGGUGGCAAACGUGGCACAGAAUACAGAUAGAAAACAUGUGUUUUCCCUCAAUCGAGGCACUAGGAAAAUGAUUAAGUUAUGUUAUUUCCAAAGAUAAUUUGGGGAAGAGUAUGCGAGGGUCUUGAAGAUUGAUAUGGUGUUUUUUUCGCCAUCACUUGCAGGAACAUUUGAAAAGGGGACCAAACAGAUACGAUUGGCUCUGUGGUUAUUAGUGAGUAAAUGUUGUCUCUGUCAACACUUGUUUUUUCAUGUUAUUCUGUAUUGCAACACAAAGGUGGAAAGAAAAUUAAAGUUGAUAUUCACACAGCCAACUUGUUCUAAUAUUUUUCAGAAAUUAAAUGUUUUGACCAGGGUUCCUCUAACUUAUACAUUGUUUACGCUUUCCUCCCUACUCACUCGGUACUCUUCUAAGUCUUUUUAAGCAAAGGUAUAUAUAUAUAUUACAUUUGAAACUAUAAGAUUUAGCCCCCUUCCCUGCCCUAAUAAUGUUUGUACAAUCCCUAAUGAAUCUGAUGAAUCAAGCCUGUGAUAUCUACGUAUGUGUAUUUGUGCACUACUUCAUUGUCCACUGUGAGGCAGAGUACGCCAUCGCUGUACUGCAAUUGCAUUAACACAAGUUUCUAUGUACGAUUUGUCCAAGCAAGAGCACUUUCGUAACAUAAUUUUGUGUAAAUAAUUUAUUCCAGUAGUAAAUGGACUUUCACAUUGCAAGUAGCACUAGGGGUCCUAGAAAACAGACACGAGUGUGAGUCAUCUGCAACUGUAUAUAUGAAAAAUAAUAAAAUGGUUUUAACAACAA